CUCCGCCUAAACCCUUCACGUUCUCAUAUUCUUCAAGCUCUAAUGGCAACUCGCGCCUUUUUAAAAUCAAAGUUUCCAAUUUUAACGGCGAUCCUCCUUCAGAACCUCACAAAAAACGGCAUAACGAGAUCUCCGUUUCUUCUAAAACCUCAGAUUUCACGUCUACUACCCGUUAUCCACAAACCAAUUUCAGGGUUUAAGCAAUAUCAUGAUGGGAGACCAAGAGGUCCCCUUUGGAGAGGUAAAAAGCUGAUAGGGAAAGAAGCCCUUUUCGUAAUAUUGGGUUUAAAGAGAUUUAAGGAUGAUGAAGAUAAACUUAAAAAAUUUAUCAAAACCCAUGUUUUAAGGCUGUUGAAGAUGGAUUUGAUUGCGGUUCUUUCAGAGCUUGAACGCCAAGAGGAGACUUCUCUGGCUGUGAAGGUUUUUGAGGUGAUUCAAAAGCAGGACUGGUAUAAACCUGACGUUUUUCUGUAUAAGGACUUGAUUAUUGCAUUAGCAAAAUGUAGGAAAAUGGAUGAAGCAAUGAAGUUAUGGGAAUCUAUAAAAAAGGAAGAUCUGUUCCCUGAUUCUCAGACAUACACCGAGAUCAUUAGGGGCUUCCUGAGGGACGGAUCUCCUUCCGAUGCAAUGAACAUAUAUGAGGAUAUGAUUAAAUCUCCAGACCCACCGGAGGAGUUACCAUUCAGGAUUUUACUAAAAGGGCUUCUCCCACACCCUCUUUUAAGGAACAAAGUUAAGAAAGAUUUCGAGGAGCUCUUUCCAGAAAAGCAUGCGUACGAUCCUCCGGAAGAAAUUUUUGGCAGAUGCUGAGGGCGUUAAAGGAGUGAUCUUAGGCACAUGGGGAUGCUGGGCACCCACAGGGUUUUACAAGGAAGAAGCAAAGAAUGAGUUAUUCCAUUGAAGAACCUAUACUGGUCUCAUGUUCAGAUAUUGAAUGGUCUUCAUGUUGUCUUGUGUCAUUGAGUUCUCUCACCUUAGAAUGUGAUGUACCUUAUAUUU